AUGCAGCAAAAUCAUGAAAGCGCAUUUAACAGCUUUAGUUAUUCCCAAAUUAAUUCCUCAGCAGGAAUUCUUGAUGCUCUUCUAAAAUUUUCCAACAUUCUCUCAGAUUUGUUAAGAAUUGAAAAUCUAUCGAUAGAAACUCUUAAAGGAAAAAUUAUUUAUAUAUGUAGGAUACUUACUGGAGCAUCUUGAGUUGAAGUAUUGCUAAAAGAAGACCACUAUUUAUUAGCAAGUGGCAAAGCCCAACCAGUCUCAAAGCUUGAAAUUGAUGAAUCCUCUUUUCCAGGAUAUUGCGCAUUGCAUAAAACUCGCCAAGCUCUCUACAAUUUAAACUCAUCGUCAUUUUACACCUCAUUUGAUUUUAAGCUUUAUCCUUUCACUGCCAAUGGCACACAGCAAGUCCCCGCAUCUUCAGUUGCUUGCAUCCCAAUUGUAAAAAAUGGCGAAGUCAAUAUAGUGCUUGUUUUAUUCAAUAAAAUUGACGAAAACAACUCAAUAAGCUAUUUUACAGAAAAUGACAUGAAUAUCAUUCAGGCAAUAGGAGAAAUGAUGCUUGGGCUACUAGAUAUUAUCAACCAUUGCAAAGAAUUAGAGACAAAGUCCUUUAACCAAAAGAAAUUAGCUGAGGAAAAUACAAAUAUAACAAAUUGCACACAUAAAAUGAUGAUAAGAAGAAAGCUCCUUUCAAAAUGCAUUGAAAUUAUUACUGAAGAAAAUGUUAUAACGCAGCCUAUUUUAAAACUAAUUGGAGAAGUCAUGGAAAGUGAUGGACUAAUAGUACACUUAUUAGAAAAAAGCAAUUCUUUGACGCCUAUUGUUGUCAGUGGAUUAAGCGAUAUUGCCUUUUCAACAAAAACAUCUGAAUACGUUGCACUGGUAAUUAAAGAAAUCCUGAAUGUCAACGAUCUUGCUGCUGAACCAUUAUGAGAUAAAGAUAAAAAGCUAAAGAUGAGAAGUUUAUUAGCAUGUCCUAUAUUUGACAAGAAUAAUGAAGUCGUAGCUGUGAUUGAAUUCUUCAGAAAACAUAAACCUUUUAGCUCAAGUGAUGAAAGAAUUGCAAAAGAAUUAUUAAAGGCGAUUGAAAAAGUUCACCCAGAAAGGUUUAUUGGGAGAAGCAACCCCAACUUAUCAAAAGUUCAAGAGAGGGCGAUUAAUUCAAAAUUAAAAGACAUCCGCAUAUUUAGGUUUAAUCAAGAUGAUUUUUUUAACUUCGCAAAUAUAUUAGAAGAAAUUCGAACAAGCCUGAGACAGCUGGUAAGUCAUGAAGAGUCAAAUAUAUACAUUGCAGAUCAAAAAUGGGGAUGCUUAUGGACAAAGCAGUCAGAAGAAUGCGACACUUUAACUCAACUUAUGGAGCAAGAUACUUUAUUAGGCUAUGUUUACCAUAUACAAAAGCCUGUAAUACUACCAAAUAAUGAUAUUCAGCUAUCAGAUAGUGCAAGAUUCCAUAAUCAAUUUGUUAUUUGCGCUCCAAUAAUCAGUGACAUUUCAGAGUACCCUGUAAUUGGCAUUUUAUUACUGACAAGAAAUCAUAAAGCCUUCACUGCUUCUGAAAUAUGGAUUUUGAAUAUUUUUUGUACAAAAAUCGCGAAAAAUUUUGAAAAUAUUUAUAUUUAUUCAUCUGAGUCUAAAGCUAUCAUAUCUGAAAUGCCACCAUCUCCUGAUUUGUCACCUACUGAAAAUUUUAGGAGAAUGAAUUCAAAAUCUUAUAUAAAACUAAGGCAGGAAUAUGCCCAAGACUUUUCUUCUCCAACAGAAACACCAGAAGCCCCUCACAACAUGAAUGAUUUAUAUAGCUUUUCCCAUCUCCCUCCAAAUAAAAUCAAUGAGCUAAAGAUUUUAUUGUCAUCUAUACAGUCUAACCCAGGCAAUUCCCUAUCUACCUUAGCCCAUGGACUUCAAAAAAUUAUUCCUAGUCAAGGGAGUAAACUUUUACUGUUUGAUCAGACUGAGCAAUACUUAGUUGACGCUAUUUCUGGAAGCUUAAUGAAACCAUCAGGACUUAUCAAUCAAUGCCUUGAAAAACGGCUGCCAAUCAUAUUAAAAUCAGAUGCGUGAGCAAACAAGUGUUUUGAUGAUCAUAUUGAUUGUCUUGGUAUUGAGGAUGAAAUUGAUUCAUUUUUAGCUGUUCCUGUUCAAAGUAUAAUGGAUCACCCAUUAGGAGUCCUCGCCUUUGUUAAUGCUUCUACUAGUUUUGAAGAAGAAGAUAUCGCAACUGCUAAAUUUUUAUCUUUAAUAACCCGUGAAUUUGCAAUGGCGAAGGAUGAAUCUCUGAAAAAUUAUCAAAGUGUAGUAAAGAUGGGUAGAAAGCAUAAAAUGCUGCAGCAAUGAUGCAAACAAGUGUUUUUUGUGGCAAACUCAGCCCAAAAUAAAAUGACGAUUGCUAAAGAUAUUCUCCACAGUCUUUUCGAAGAAGAAAAAAUUGACUCACUUAUUAAAUACGCAUUAGAGAUUAUAUGCGCUUUAACUAACGCUGAAGAAGCUGGGGUUGUUUAUAAAGAAGGAAAUACCUUUGUGGAACGUCUACUGGUAAAAGGGAAAUACAAAAAGAGCACAGCAAUAGAGGAAGAAGCCUGGGUAAUGAAAUCUCUUGAUAUAAGAAGAACUAUAUCAUUGAAUACUCACAUAAAUAGAGAAAACAUGAUAAUUGUCCCAUAUCUUCAAGAACAAUGCGAAACUGUAAUCGUAAAAGUCUGAAACAAAAAAGACGAUACACUUUCGUACUAUUGCAAUUUCAGCAAAGAUGAUGAAAUUAUCAUUUAUAGCUUCGCUGAUGCUAUAAGUGAAGCUCUUAAUAUCUUUAAUGAUGAAAGCAAAAUAGAUUCAUUAAUGAAGCUUAAGCAGCUUAUAAGAGACCACGCCUCAAAUUUAAACACUUAUUCCUUUAUGAGCACUAUAAGAUGCGCGUUGAAAAAACUUUUAGAUUGCGAUAGGGCUAGCAUUUUUGUUAGAGAAGGUAAAAACAUGGUAAUAAGGGCUCAAGGCCUUGAUUUAGGAAUUCCUGUAGGUUUAAGUAUUCCCAUCGGCAAAGGGAUAAUUGGAAAUGUAGCUCAAACAGCAAAAAUAGAAAAUAUUAAAGAUGUAUAUGAAGAUCCAAGGUUUAACCCAGAAGUUGAUAGGUCAACUGGCUAUAAAACAUCAACAAUGCUAUGCAUGCCUGUAUUAGAUCCUAAAGGCAAAGUAAUUGCUGCCGUCCAAAUGAUCAAUAAAAGGCAAGGAUUUUUCGACAAAAGUGAUGAACAAACUUUGGAAAUUUUCUGCGAAAUUAUCUCGACUGUUUUAGAGAACUGGGAUAUCUUCCAACACCAAAUUGAAGAAAGAUCAAGAUUUUUAAAUGUUUUUAACAGCAUAGGUAACUAUAUUUUGGUGCUUGACAAAGAUGGAACACUUGAAUACUGUAAUAAAGCACUCGAAAAUCUGUUUGGUGUUCCAGAAAAAAUAGCGAAAAAAUCUCAUUAUUCGAGUUGACUGAGAGAUAAUAGGCAACUCGUUCAUGAUAUUACAGGAGUUUACCAAAAAUUUUCUAAGCGUAUUUACAGGUCAUCUCAAAAGAUUGCAUCAGUUCUAAAGAAAAAAGUUAAUAACCCGUCACCAGAACCACAAAAUUUAAUUAUGAACUACACCAUUAUUGAGUUGCAAGAUUUCUUUAAUUUAAACUCAUUUGGAGUAAUUCUUAUAUUUGAAGAUGCAACUGCAAUUGAAGAGUUAAAUUCAAAAUUCAUGAAAAUCCAAAACGAAUUAUCAGCGCUAAAAAAUUCCGUUAAUUCAGAAACCUCCCUUCAAAGAUGCAUUCAAAAAUUAACCUUUAUUGCCUCAGAAAACGAUACAGAUAACGAAACUUCAAACCAAAUAUUUGAAAUAGUCAAAGUUUUAAAAGAAGGAAACUUAAAUAGAGCAGUGGUUAGUUUUCCAGAAGAUUUGGAAACUUUGAGAGCUGAAGUCAAGCAAGGACUGAAAGCUUAUGUUGGGCUAGAAGAAAAUAAUAAUGAAAACGUAAGAUUAUCUGUACCAGUUUCUCAUCAAAGGCGAAAAUAUUCAGGAAUAUUAACAGUUGAUAUAGAAAUGCUAAGAAAUAUAGACAUUAAUGUUUUUGAAAUCGAGGACCAUUUCCAAUUUGUAUAUGGAAUGUAUCAAGAUUUUGAUCUUAUUAAUCAAUUUGAUAUCCCUCAAGAUAAACUUGAAAAUUUUGUAAGGGAUGUAAAAGAGCAUUAUGAAAUUUAUAUUAACCCAUUUCAUAACUUUUAUCACGGACUAAACGUGCUGCAUUCGAUAUAUUUCCUAUUGUCUUCUACCUCAGGAGCCUCAUUUUUUGGCCCAUUAGAAAUAUUUUCAUUUUUCACAGCAGCACUAUGCCAUGAUAUUGAGCACCCAGGGAGAACAAAUGCAUUUGAAAUGAAUAGAGAGAGUCAUUUAUCGGUUAUUUAUAAUGAUAAAUCUGUAUUAGAAAAUCAUCAUGCAGCCACUGCAUUCAGAUUGCUCCAAAUUGAAAAAAAUAACAUCAUACAAUCAUUGGCACCUGAUUUCAGGAAAAGAUUUAGGAAAGUUGUCAUCGUUAGCAUACUGGGGACUGAUAUGGCAAAGCACUUCCCAAUGAUAUCAAAUAUGACCGCAAGGUUUAAAGAUAUACAUGAAAAUCCGCUGGGAUCGAGAGACUCGGAUCUUGAUGAUGUUGCAGAGUUUCUUUUGCAUUGCUCAGACUUAGCGCAUCAGUGUAAAAAGGCAGAAGUUUACCAAAUGUGGUCACAAAAGUUGGCAGAUGAAUUCACAAGGCAAUAUGAAGAAGAGCUGAGACUGGGAAUGCCACCUACAGAAAUAUUUAAGGAUUUAGACAAGCCUGAAGUGUAUUAUAGCAAUGAAUUAGGAUUUCUGAAAUUUAUGAUUAAACCACUUUGGGAGUGCGCUAAUUUAUGGCUAAGUCCACAUAUUGACAAAAUGAUAGAGAAUAUGAAUAACAACAUUGAGUUUUAUCAAAAGAAGAAAGAAGAGCAUACCAAAAAUAAAUAA